AGUGAGGGUUGCGGUCUCGUUCAGUUCGCCGCGCGGCUCCGGCAGUUCGCUUUCUGAGUGAGUCUCAGAUUCAGAUUCGGUUCCAGUCUCAGUUCCGAGCAAACUUCGGCGGGGAGCAGAAGGAGCUGUGGAGCCCGAGCAGGACAUAAAAAUAGACACGAAGUACUGAAACAAUAACUCGAGGCGGCGAGCUAGUGUAGAAUUUUUUACAUAUAGAGUUACGAGGGGAGGAAUCAGGAAGUGGCGGAUAAUUAAGGACAAAAACGCAAUUUCAAUUAUCGUUAGUGUAAUCUUGAAUGUGAAUUUAAAUGUGAACUGUGAGUGCACGAUAUUCGGCAAUUUUUGCUAGACACUUAGAUACUCUGGAUGUGGUGUACUUUUUCCCAUUGCAAAUUAGUUAGUGUGGCCUAAUCAACUAUAUAUAUAUAUAUAUAUAUACAAAUAUAAUUAAAUAGAACGGUGUACACAUGUGUGUUGUUGUGCAAGUAUUUUUGCUAAAUUUAUUAAAUUGAUGUUGAAUGUAUGCUUUUCGAACGCUCGUGCAAUUAUUGUUAUCUGAAUAAAGAAACUCGGACCGCUUUAAUAUGACAAAGGACUAGAAAUCGGAGUCCCUUUUCCCAAAAACCGUAAGGGAGUAAGACCAUUUGCCUUUGUCACGGGGUGUGUCCAAAGCGGGGGCUAGGAAGUCCUUUUACAUAAGCAUAAGGGCAAGCUGCAAAUGGGACAGCCACCUGCGGCUACACCGCGGCUACUGAACGCUGGAGUCCCUCGCUUUGUUCGCCGCUGAGUGCUGCGUGUCCGUGCAACGUGACUGUCCGAUUGUGUCCCGGAUAUGCAAAGAAGUCCCACAUCCCGACAAUGGCACACUUAAAACUGGACACCCUCCACGUGCAGCGAAGCCCUCGCGGCUCCCGCAGGAGCAGUCCGAGCAGCGGAAGAAGCAGUGCCUGUAGUUCCGGUAGCAUUUCCCCGGUGCCCAUCAUACCCAUCAUCUCCAUCAGUCACGAUGGCGACGAGUCCGAGUCGGAGUCGGAAAUCGAAACUGAGCCGGCGCGCCUCUUCCAGCGCCGCAUGUCCACCAAGUGCACCAACAACCUGGCUGCCAUCAUCAAGGAGGGAUUCCUGCUGAAGCACACUUGGUCCUUUCAACGCUGGCGGCGUCGUUACUUUCGGCUCAAGCGGAAUAUGCUGUUCUACGCCAAGGAUGAAAAGUGCGAUGUUUUCGACGAUAUCGACCUAUCGGACUUGUGUUACUUCGAGUGCGGCAUCAAGAACGUAAAUCAUAGCUUUCAGAUAAUCACACCCACUCGUUCGCUGGUGCUCUGCGCCGAGUCCCGCCGCGAAAUGGAGGAUUGGCUGGGCAGCCUUAAAACGGCGACGGCGCCGCAGAGGCCUCGUGGUGACAGCUUUCUUAUCGAGCAGCACGACAUCCUGUCCAACCACCACCACUGGUACGCCACCUCCCACGCCCGCCCCACCUACUGCAAUGUGUGCAGGGACGCCCUCUCCGGCGUCACUUCCCACGGACUCAGCUGCGAGGUGUGCAAGUGCAAGGUGCACAAGCGGUGUGCGGCCAAGUCGAUAGCCAACUGCAAGUGGACAACGCUAGCUAGUGUGGGCAAGGACAUCAUCGAGCAGGCGGACGGCAUCAUAAUGCCGCAUCAGUGGAUGGAGGGCAACCUGCCGGUGUCCUCCAUGUGUGCCGUCUGCAAAAAGACCUGCGGGUCCGUGCUAAGACUCCAGGAUUGGCGGUGCCUGUGGUGUCGGGCCACCGUCCAUGUGGCCUGUCGUCCCCAAAUGGCUGUGGCCUGUCCAAUCGGACCUGCCAAGUUGUCUGUGGUUCCUCCAACCAGCGUCCACUCCAUCAGCACCGAUGACGCCUGGGAUGUGGCCAGUCCCAAGGGCAACUUUUCGCCCCUGCUGGUCUUCGUGAACUCCAAGUCUGGAGACAAUCAAGGAGUGAAGUUCCUGCGGCGCUUUAAGCAGCUAUUGAAUCCUGCACAAGUCUUUGAUCUAAUCUCUACUGGUCCGAGUCUAGGAUUACGGCUCUUCCGACACUUCGAGAUGUUUCGAAUCCUGGUGUGCUCCGGUGACGGAUCCGUAGGCUGGGUUCUUAGCGAGAUCGAUCGCUUUAACAUGCAUAAACAAUGUCAGGUGGCCGUGAUGCCUUUAGGGACGGGCAACGAUCUGGCCAGGGUUUUGGGUUGGGGCUCCAGCUGCGACGACGACACCCACCUGCCGCAGAUUCUAGAGCGGUACGAGUCGGCCAGCACCAAGAUGUUGGAUCGCUGGAGCAUCAUGGUCUUCGAAAAGGCUAUUCCCGUGCCCAAAACACCCAAGAUGUCCAUCAGCACUGAGCAGGAAGCGAUGCUCACUGGCAUGGUGACAUCGGCCAACCAUCACCUGCGCUUCAUAGUGGAAACCAAUGACACCCAGACCCUGAUCCGCUCCACGAGGAAUCUCUGCGACACCGUUGACGACUUGGUGUGCCGGAUCUCGGAACACCACAAGGAUGACGAACAGCUGGCCGUGAAGUGUGACAUUCUCAGGCAGAAGCUUAACAUGCUGCUGGAUGCUCUGCAGGAGGAGGAAAUCGGUGCCCACAGUGGCGACGAUUUGAUAGCCACCAUCAGGAGCCUUAUUGCGAGAAGUAUUCCGGUGACACCAGGAUCCAACGCCUACCUGCUCAAUCCAAACAUAUCAAUCGAAAAGACGGAAAAGGAUCAAAUUAAUACAAAGGAGCGCAGAAAUAGUCGAUCCCUUCGCUCUAGCGAGAAAGAGGCUCUCCAGUGCCGUGCCAAUAGCGUCAAGCGAGCCAUCUACAAUGUUGUAGAGCACUCGGAACCAGGACGUCCUAAACGCUACCAGCGAAAGUUGUCCAUCACACCGUUUGAGGCCCUGAAGCUCCCUACCGCAUCCGGAGAAUCAACGCCCUGCACCUCCCCCUUACCGAUAAUUCCACCCAUUAAUAUUAUUUCUCCCACCAUGGAAACCUCACGUCUCACCUGCAUUUCCCCUCUGCCUGAUACCCGACGAGAUUCCGUUGAUGAGAACUUCUUUAACAGCAUCAAUUUGCCGGCUCCGCGACAAUUUGCGGAUAGUCGUAGAAGCUCUGGUGUGGAAGUGAUCCAGGAGAUCGAGGAGGGCGCCAAUGGGGAGACCGUGUAUCGAAAAAGUCGCAUGUCCCUGACCGGUGGAGCUAAUAUCGACGAUGCCGGUAAUCGUUUGUCACCAUGCAGCGAUGCAGGCGAAAAUACGCCAACCGAGCGCAAAGUGGACUUUCUGAGGGUCCCGAUUCACACUGGCGAACCUAUAGUAGACCCCUUAUGCGACUAUCGUCCCCACGAGGUUUUCGAGCGUACCUACUACAUGACCCGGGAAAUGGACAAAGGCAAGGAAAAGGACAAGGAGAAGGACAAACCCGUGGAGAUCGACAAGGAAAAGGAUACAUGUGUGGAGAAGGAGGGCAGCAUGCCCGCCGAAAAGCUGGUGCAUACAUGCAACCUUCAGGUACCCGGAGUUGUCGUUACCCCAAACCCCCAAAAUGUUUACUCAAGCGCCAGCAUUACAAUCAUUGACACCGAUGCACAGACCACUACCGAGCAAUCCUCUUCCGAUGAUCUGGGUGGCGAAGCCAGCGAUGUCCUUUCUGCCAUUAGCAAUGAGGAGUGCAGCGUGGCUUCUGAAAUAUUUGACAAGCAGGACGCAGGACAAACCGUGGGUGAUAUCAUUCAGAAUAUGGAUGCCAGCAACUUUACGCACAUCGACUCCCCAGAGACAAGUGAUGAAACGGAGGCGAUGCCUGGCGAGAGCAUCAUGGACGACAUAAGCUCGGUACUGGGUCACGAUAUAACCUAUGCCCUUCAGGACAACACACUUACCGACGACACCACCACUCUCUGCUCAGAGCAUGCGGGACCACCGAAACCUCCUCGCAAAAAGUCAUUGAGCGCCCUAAGCCGAACCCAGGCUCAUCCGCGGCGGCGCAACUCUUCUCCACCGAGAAUGGCGCGAUUGGCGCGAAUGGACAGCGAUGAUAAUCCCCAGCAAUUCGGAUUUGAAAAUAUUGUUUUCGAGAUAGACAACAGAUGUGACGACCAGAAGAUGCGGGAGCCACCGCGCUACUGCAGCCUGGCGCAGUUCGUGGAAGGUAACGAUAUAGCGCGUCAAAGCUUCAAGCGUCCCAAAAAGCGCACCUCACUGAAAAAACCGAAACCAACUACAACCACUGAAAUCGUAUCUCAACAGCAGCUUAUGCUAGAACAACAUCGAGGUGGAGACAACGAUAGCGAUUAUCCGGAGCACGAGCAAACUCCAACGAAUAAAGGGGCCAAUUUACUGGCCACCACCAGCGAGGACGAGCUGUCCACGCAGACGGCCAUCAAAAUAGAAAUACAAGACAUUGAUGCCACUGUGCGCAACCUCAACAGCAGCAUGAAGCCCAAUACGAUCUUGACCACGUCGACAUCGCCCACGAAGAAAUCGGGCCAUGGACAAGAUGUAAAGCGCAUUACUUUUGAUGAGUCGUGUAAGAAAGAAUCCUUUGAUGAUGUAAAUCCCAACUAUCCACAGAUUAGUGUUGUUGUGAGGCCGCCGACGCCGUUGCGCGGCGACUGCAUCAAGCCCACGGUAUCGCUCCUGCCGGUCUCCUCCGGCGGAGCCAUGACCGUGUCCAUGACCUGCUCCGGAAUGCUGGGGGUGCGAGCCAUGAACGCCUCUGAGAUCAGGCGCCACUCGAGCCACGCCCCCGGUCUGGCUGUCCGCGAGUUCGACAAGGACAAGGACCGCCGGCACUCCGGUUUCAAUCCCAACCAGUUGACACUCGAUCCUGAGCACGCCCGCUUCCUCAGCAGCUCGCCGGCGGCUAGUCGCAGGAUCAGCUGCGGCAGCCUCUUCAAGCCGAACGAAGCACUUCCCAAUCUUCAGACCCUAAAGGGGUCCAAGUCGAGCUUGUUUAUGGGGUCCACUUUAUUCGGUUUCGAUCACUUGGCUUCCGCAGAAAAGGACAAGGAGGAAAAGAGCGGCAAAGACAAGGAGAAGACGCCCACCGACGAGACCAACCGCAAGUUGCCCAUCAUCAAUCCUCUAGUGCGACUGCCCAACUGGCCAAAUCUUGCCAAUGGCGGUGGCUUUAUAUCCAAAUGUCUUUUGGCCAAUGCUGAUACCCUCUGCGCCGCCGUCAGUCCCCUAAUGGACCCGGAUGAGACACUGCUGGCCGGUUACCAUGAGAAGUGCGUGAUGAACAACUACUUUGGCAUCGGCAUCGAUGCCAAGAUCUCGCUGGACUUCCACAACAAGCGUGAGGAACACCCCGAAAAGUGCCGAUCACGAGCCCGGAACUACAUGUGGUAUGGGGUUCUGGGAUCCAAGCAGCUUCUGCAGAAGACCUGCAAGAAUCUGGAGCAGCGAGUACAGCUCGAGUGCGACGGUCAGAGGAUUCCGCUGCCGGAACUGCAGGGAAUUGUGAUACUGAACAUACCCAGCUUCAUGGGCGGUACCAAUUUCUGGGGCAGUAGCAAGAAGGAUGACAUAUUCCUGCCGCCCAGCUUCGAUGAUCGGGUGCUAGAAGUGGUGGCUGUCUUCGGAUCGGUGCAGAUGGCUGCCUCGCGUCUGAUUAAUCUACAACAUCAUCGGAUCGCCCAGUGCCAAAGCGUACAGAUCAAUAUCCUGGGAGACGAGGAGAUACCCAUCCAGGUGGACGGAGAAGCCUGGCUUCAGCCACCUGGAAUGAUUCGCAUUCUGCACAAGAACCGAGUGCAGAUGCUAUGCAGGAACAGAAGCUUGGAGCUCUCGCUGAAGAGCUGGCAGGAGAAGCAGCGCCAGCACAGCAUCUCCAUCCAGAGGGAUGCAUCUUCUACAGCUUCAGAGCAUGCCAACUCCACGGACGAGGUAAUCUCCGAACGUGAAUGCUACGUGCUCCUCAACUUCAUCGAAGCCGUCAGCUCGUUGGUGAAGUGGGUCAAGUUCCUGAUUAUCUCGCAUCCGGCCCUGCAGCACGACCUAUACGAGGUGGCCUGCCGGGCCAGUGAAGCCCUGGAAUCGAUUCAUCCGCAGGGCAAACUACUCGAAGGUCCUUCGUUGCGCACCAAGUUGGUGGAAGUCAUAGACUCAUCGCGGCAGCUUUACGAUGAUGCAUGCACCCUGCUGCGCGACCGAGGUCAUAGUUUGAUUCUCCGUGAGGAUUUGGAAACAAAGCUCAGCGCGGCAUUGGCCAACAUGGAAAUGGAGCUGAAAAAGUGCUCCGUGCAGAAGUGCAUUGAUGGAAAGCUGCGGGCCUACUUUAAUGUUCUGGCGCCCAACGAAGAGUCCGAUGGCCGCCGAAAGUCUCGACCUUUCUGGGUGAGAUUGCGUUCCGGUUCGACCGCCGGUCAGCAGGCGUUUAAGCCACCUUUGACCAACACCCGCGAGGCGGCCAACAACUGGAGCGUCAACGAGGUGGUCACCUGGUUGGAAACGAUGCAGCUGUCGGAGUACGUGGACAGCUUCCUGAAGAACGACAUUCGCGGCAAGGAACUGCUUACCCUGGGCAGGCGUGACCUCAAGGAUCUUGGCGUGGUUAAGGUGGGACACGUCAAGCGUAUACUGCAGGCAAUAAAGGAUCUCAGCGAGAACUAGGCUUCCGUUGGGUCUACUUAACGGCUAGUACAAACAACAACAACUCGGAUCGCGCUCUUAGGGCUAAAGGAGUAGAAAAUUAAGUUGUACGCGAUCACAGGAAAAGUUAUGUUAUUAUGGGACAAAAUGCAUACAACAAUCACUAAUUUAUAGGCUAGCUUAGCUAACAUGCCGAAUGAUAGGGGAAUGGAUUCAGCGAACAUGCAAGUAAAAUCAUUCGGUGAAACGACGAUACUUCUAUCGAUACUCUUUACAUAUUUAGGCUUAGCUGAUUUUCUCUCGAACAAAUUAUCUCGAUAUACCACUUUUGAUUGGCAUGGAUAUGUAAAUUUUUUAAGGCUAUCAGCCACUUUAAAUCGAGACAAAACGAAGAGCACCCAAAAUUGAUUUUUGUUUUUCAAAUACGUAUGUCAAAUUUAAGAAAACACUAGCAGUUAAAACGAAUUUAAACGUAGUGGCACAUACGAGAACAAAAACGGUAACUGCAGUUAGAUUUUAAGUGUUUAACCUUCAACUUACGCUUAUAUUACCAAUUUUGAGAACCCGUUUGAGAUCUGUUCAAAACUGCAAGUAACGGAAACAUGAAAUCGAUUCUAAAUUUAAAAGCAAUUUAUAUUUUACAAAAAUGAAACAAUAAACGUGCAGACACAAACCAAUCUAAAGUUUAUAGAAAUAAUACUUAUACAUAUACCUACAAAGAGAUAUUCGAAACUGUACUUAAAUGUUUCCCCCACUAUUGUUAAAUCGAAAUGAUGCUAACAUUAUGUUAAUGCAAAUACGAGUCCAACUCUCGUUAUUGCAGCAAAGAAAAGUCUGUUAAACGUGUCGUUUUUGUGGUAACCAAAAGCAACUCUAACUUGAUUAUUUAAAUGAAUUUAGUUGUUAAGUCCGUGACGAUUUUCAAGAUAAGUUUAGGUUAGAUCCUUGGGGUCCUAGUGCCGGGUGCUGGGUCCCAACAAAUUUAUUUGGUACUAUAUACAAGCAUAUGGUAAAUCUUAGCUAGCAUUGGAACACGAAAUUAUGGUGUUCGGAACCUUUUUGGUACUCCUUUUAAUUUUUUACAUUUAAGAGAAUCCGCGUGAAAACCCACACACUUUUAUCAUAACGUUAAAGUGUUAGAAACGAAAUUGUGCUAAAUUUUUUAUAUAUGUAAACUUUUGAUUUGAUCAAAUAAGUUACCCUCUGUCUAUCUCCCUGUCCAAAUAUGAACAUAUAAAUAUAGCUGCAUAUGAGUAGGUUUAGCAGUCCAAUGACUUGAAAUGACCCGUACGUUUUAGCCCAUCUUCAAAUGUUUGCUCAAGUUGCCUCCAGUUGAGUGAGUUUUUGAAAUGGCACAGCAGUAGCUGAGAUUAAUCUGAAACAAAUCACUUGAGCCACGUCUAUAAAUUAUAUUUUUUAAUAUAUAAGUAUAAUGAGCCCAGACCAACUCGAUUGAUUUGUUGUGAUCCUAUCACGAACUAACUUGUUUCCAAACGGCAGCAGUAGCAAUCCUAUGAUUUCUAAGUAUUUCGACACAUAUUUGAUGAGCUAUGUACGCUUAUGUAUACUAGAUAUAAUUAACAAGGUAAGGAAAACGAUAAUUGGAACUCUUUUGCAUAAUAAAAAACGAUAAAUACGAAGUUAAAAAUUGAAGACACAUUUUUUCGAAAAUUUUUCGACACAUGUAUUUUUGAGCAAACUUUAAAGAAAUUAAAAGCAAAAUUAAAAAAAAAAAUCCUAAGACAAUUAAUAAACAUAUAAUUUAUGUAACAAAAGUUAAACCGUAAUCGGCAACUCUCAUUCCCACUCAAAUGGUUUAUUUUCUUCGGUUUCUACACCAUCUCUAAUCAUUACCCCACAUUACAUUUUUGUUAUUAUUUCAAAAACCUGUGAUAACAGCUUUCUAUAUUCCUGUAAUAAAAAAAACGACAAAGAUCAACAACAUAAUAAUGAACGCGAUUUGUGAAGUGCAAUGAUAAAUCAACUGUAUAGUCUAAUAAAUAGUUCGUCUACAAUCAGAAGAUAGGUAAUGCCUAUGAAAACCAUCUACCAGCAAUAAAUGUUUUACAAUGUAUCUUAAUUAUGUAAUUUAAACUACCUUCUUCCCAAAUCCUAAAAAUAAAAACAAAUGUAAAAAACUGUCUGUGCGCAAUAUCCAGAUGAAAAC